AGUCCGCAGGGAACAACGGAAUUUCGUUUAGUUGACGGUUGCCAUCAUACCACGCAGGACGAUACCAACGAAAUACUACAGGCCAACAAGCGGCGCGUGACUCCGAACUACGAGUAUUUUGCGCAAAGUCAAAGGUUAUAAUUGAAAUCGAGUGGCAAAAUCGGUGAAUUGAAAAAAUCACAGGCCAAACUAUAAACAAAAUGAGUUCACGCAGUAAAUUGUGGCGCGGCAAACGCUGCAGGUGGCUGCUAAUCGGAAUUUCUUGCACACUAAUACCACUGCUCACACGCAAUGCGGCGGCAAUAACGGUAACGUCAGCAAACGGUGGCACCGCGGCCAACGCAGCAACUAAUUAUGUGCAAAAUCGUAACUAUGAGGAUGCAGCGGCGGCGACAGCGGCUGUAGUGACGGCGGCAAUGAACGCAGCCGCAUUGCCAAUGGCGAAAACAACAACAAAUGAUUACGCAAAACAAUUGCCGCACUAUUAUGCAGCGCUAACAACCGAUUUAGACAAUGCGAAUUCAGCUGCCGCGGAGCCGAUUUAUCGAAAUUAUUUUGAAAACACCGACACCGGUAGCGGUGAUAAAAUCGAUGCGGCAACGGUGAUUUUACGCGACCACAUGGCACAAUGGCAUUUGCCAGCUGCCAGCGGCCAGCCAACAGAUGAGUCAGCAAUGACAGGAGCUGGAUUUGUGCCUACAACAAUGACUGCUGCCGGGCAACAUUAUGCUAAAAGUACGAGCGCCGAUGCCGCAGCGGCGGUGGUGGGGCACGCGCAUGCAGGUGUUGACUUUUCAACAAAUAGUGCGCGCGCUGCAAGCAAUGCGGCGCGCAGUGUGGAUAGCAAUAGCGCAGGUGCUACCUACGCAUAUGAGUAUGCGACGCCCAAAGGCAAAAUUGAUUACGAAUUCAAUGAAGCUAAUUUCCAGAGUGCCAGUAACGGUGACAAUAACGGCAGUGGUAAUGGUUAUAGUGCAGAUCAAUUGGCUGUAACAGUAGCUAAGGGCGGUGCGAAUAUGGGCGCGGUUGAUGCGUAUGGCAUUUACAAAUAUGACAUGAGCGAAUAUGCGCAGCACUUGCAACGUGCGCUGACGACGACCAAUAUGGGCAACAAAGAGGCGCAUUAUGCGGCGGCAGUUGAUUCCGAAAGUGCCAAUCAGAGCGUUGGUGUUGGCGAUGGCGGCGGCGGCGGUACAUAUUUCGAGAAUCAUUUGCCGAGUUAUGAAAAUUAUUUUAUGCCCACUUACCAGAUUGGACAAUUUUCCAAUUACCAUAGUCAACAGGCGGAGCAGGAGCUGAAGCGGCGGACACGGGGAGAAGAGCAGGCGCGACAAAAUGAACAGCCAUCAAAAACGGAUGGACCGCGGCAGGAGGAGGCGCGAAUACAAUUACGGCCAUUGACGCUACUCGACAACGCUGAUGACAACAAUGCGAUGUUGCAGCAAUUUAAAAAAGGCGCGAAUAUCGAAAAUUAUGCAAAUGACAGACAGAAAUUGCAUUACUUUGCCAAACAACCGCAACUGGAGCAGCAGCAGCAGCCGCAGCAACAGCAACAAGAACGACAAGAGCACGCGCAACAGCAAUAUCAAGAACAGCAGCGCUUGCAGGAGCACUACCAACAGCAAGUACAAAAGCAAACGAAACAACAGCAACAAAAACUAUUCCAACAACAACAACAAUUGCAGCUGUCACAUCAGCCACGCAAAUUCCCCGAGCUGAUGCAUUUUUCCCUGCAUCAGCACUUGCCACGUCAACGACAACGACUUGCAACAGCGCUUUCGAAAGUAGCGCGGCCGCACAACCCAGUCGCGCUAUCCACUCGUCGUCGCCGUCAGCAAAGGCGUGAUGCCACGUCGCUGCAGGUGAUUGGCAACGCUGGCAGGCAGAGCUCGCUGCCAGCACUGAAGCAAACGCAUGUGACUGCUGACGGUAGCUCGAAAGCCAACAGCAACGUCAAUACAAAUGACGACACACUCACGUUGCACAGUCGUUUGGGUAAUGACAAAAGAAGCAUCAGCGAAAACUUUGUGGAUAUCACCAGCAAACCCACACAAUAUUCCUAUGCGCACGUCUACCCAACGCAUGUGUCACAGCUCAUCGAUGACAGCGCAAAUGAAAUUGAUGACACGCCUAACAAUAUCGACGACAUUGCCAACAGCGACAAGGAGAACGAAGAGGAGACCAACCGCCGUGACCAACAGCAACAUUACCUCGCAGCCAUCAGCCAUCCACAAGUCAAGGCAUACCAUCAACAUAACGGUGCUUUAGUGCAACAAUAUACUUUGCCACCCAUCACAACUUCGGAACGGCAUACGCCAGCUAGCAUUGCUGCGCUUGCCGGCAUACCACUCGCACGUCACGUGGAGGUGACCAAGCAUAUUCCCACCAUCGAUUAUGAACGCGUUCACGUGCCGUACAAUCAAAGCGUUCCCAUACACAUACCACAGCCCAUCAUCACAGCCGUACCACGUCCCUACGCCAUACGCGUGCCCGUUGCGAAAACUGUUGCCGUGCCGAAGGUGCAGGAGGUGCGCAUACCCAUAGAGAAGGUUACACCGUUUCCUGUGGAGCGUCCCGUGCCUUUCAUUGUGGAACGUCGUGUUCCUUAUAUGGUUGAAAAGCAAGUAGCAAAGCCAGUUUACUAUCCUUAUCCUGUUAAGGUACCCAUAGUAAGGACCAUCGUACACAAAAUGGCGCGCCGACCUCACAGCUAUACGACAUAUUAGCCACAUCCUAUCUCAUAUCCGAUCUCCUUGGGUCAAUACCAUUAGCAAUAACAUUUGGAGUCACACUCCCUGCCCCACGCUCAUUAUGCACAUUCGGAACACUUGGGUUAAGCAAGUUUAAUGGCAUCCAAUAUUCUUAGUGAGCUUUAAUUCAUCACUUCAGAAGCAACAUUGUGCUUUCGUUAACUUAAAAGCACUCGCGUUGUAAUUUUCAAAUGGUUUAUUAAUUAUUACUUUUUUUAUAUAUACAUUCUCACACUAUAUAAGUAUUAUAUAAAUCUCAAAAGAGCUAAUUUUCUAUAAUUUUUAAGUACUUAAGCAAUUAUCUGCAAAAUCCAUAUAGACUUACCUUUAGAGCUUCGUAAACGUAUUAACCUCGAUAUAUGAUAUAAGUAUAAGUAUAAAUAUUAAUAAAAUAAACCCUAAA